UGAUAAUACCUACUAAAACCUGGUACCACUAAAUCAAGUACAGUCGGAAAGAAAUGCAUGUAUGCUUCUUUCGUCCAAUCAACCGGUCUGAUUUCGACGCCCUCCAAUCUGGUUUUGCCUUUUGAGGGGAUGGGCAGAGAUUGUGCUGUGGCUAGCAGGCGCAGCGCCAUUUCAUCUCGGAGACCAGUGGCAUCCGACAGUGAAAGCAGGAGCAUCAUCACCAUGGUGAAAAUCUUCAUUGGGAAUUUGUCUCCAGACACCACGGCGGAGGAGCUGCGCUCCCUCUUCUCCCAGUAUGGCAAGAUCUCAGAGUGCGACAUCGUCAAGAACUUUGGCUUUGUGCACAUGGAUGACAAAGCCAAGGCAGAAGAUGCCAUCAAGAAUCUCCACCACUACGAGCUCAACGGGCAGGCCAUGAAUGUGGAGAUGAGCCGCGGCAGACCCAAAGCCUCUACCAAGCUCCACGUGGGUAAUAUCAACAGCAGCUGUACCAACCAAGAACUACGGGCCAAGUUUGAGGAGUACGGCCCAGUGGUGGAGUGUGACAUAGUGAAGGACUACGCCUUUGUCCACAUGGAGCGUGUGGAGGAUGCCAUGGAGGCCGUCAGUGGGCUGGACAACACAGCCUUCCAAGGCAAACUGCUGAGCGUGAAGCUUUCGACUAGCCGCCUGCGUACUACGCCUGGCAUGGGAGAGAGGACUGGUUGUUAUCGGUGUGGGCAGGAAGGCCACUGGUCCAAAGAAUGUCCGCUCGACACGUUGGGCAACUACAGAGAGGGUGCCGAGCCACGCUCUGACGGAUUCGAUGGCGGUGCCCCCAGGUUCGGCGGGGGGAGUCGCAGCGGUUGCGUUUAUCAACGGGGCUUCAGUGGCGGCGAUCCAGGUUACAGUGGCAGCUACGCUUCCGUGCACGACUUUGGCAACAGGGGGUCUGUUUACGGCAGCGUACCCGGGCAUGGCAGGGGCGCGGGCUACGAGAGCGCAAUGAGUUACAGUGUCCCGCAGGGUUAUGGAAUGAGCGCUGCCGAACAAUGCAUGGCCCGGACAUACGCCAGCGAGGCAGCGUACGGCGGCACCAGCUCGAGCUAUGGUACGAUCCCAGCCAACCCAGUGCGCCGGUCAUCUUACGAGGACCGGGAUCCUUAUGGUGUUGUGGACUUCUACGAGAAGUACCGGGCUCGCUCGUAUGGAGCCAGUUAUUUCGAAGAGCGCCGGUCUGUCCCUUUGCCAGCCCCACCUCUCCCCUCCUCCUCGGCCAUAAUGAGGGAGCGCCUGCCGCCCUCAAGCCUCGACCUAUACGAGCGCUGUCCCCUCCCUCCUCUACCAGCCUCCAUCUCCUCAUACUACUCCCGCGACCGGAGCCCGAUCCGGCGAAUCCCUGCUGAUGCUGAGGGCUACGCGUACGAGCGCGCGCGCCUCUCCCCGGUGUCCUCCCUCCCCAGAAGCUUGGCUUAUGACAUCCCGCGGGACCCCUACGCCGAGCGGGCGCGCUAUGCUUACUAACCUUUUUCCCACUUGUCCAGGUGAGACCUGACUAGCUUUCACAGGUUAGCGUGAUUUUUAAGUUCCCUGGGAACUAUACUGAACGAAAAUAUAAACGCACCAUAUAAAGUGUUGCUCCCAUGUUUAAUGAGCUGAAAUAAAAGAUCCCCAGAAAUGUUCAAUAUCCUGACAAAGCUUAUUUCUCUCAAAUUUUGUGCGCAAGUUUGUUUAUAUCCCUGUUAGUGAGUAUUUCUCCUUUGCUAAGAUAAUCCAUCCACCAGACCGGUGUGGCAUAUCAUGAAGCUGAUUAAACGGCAUGAUCAUAACACAGGUGCAGCUUGUGUUGGGAACAAUAAAAGGCCACUUCGAAAAUGUGAAGUUUAGUCACACAGCACAAGAGAGAGAGCGUGCAAUUGGCAUGCUGACUGCAGGACUGUCCGCCAGAGAAUUGAAUGUCAUUUCUCUACCGUAAGCCGCCUCCAAUGUCACUUUAGAGAAUUUGGCAGUACGUCCAAACGGUCUCACAACUGCAGACCACCUGUAACCACGCCAGCCCAGGACCUCCACAUCCGGCUUCUUCACCUGCGGGAUCGUCUUGAGACCAGCCACCCGGACAUCUGAUGAAACUGGGUUUGCAUGACUGAAGAAUUUCUGCCCAAACUGUCAGAAACUGUCUCAGGGAAGCUCGUCUUCCUCACCAGGUUUUUGACUUGACUGCAGUUUGGAGUUGAAACCGACUUCAGUUGGCAAAUUAUCACCUUCGAUGGCCACUGGCAAAAGGUAUAUUCUUUACGGAUGAAUCUGUUUCAACUACAGGGCAGAUGUUUGGCAUUGUGUCGGCAAGUGGUUUGCUGAUGUCAACGUUGUGAACAGAGUGCUCCAUGGUGGCAGUGGGGUUAUGCUAUAGGCAGGCAGAUGCUACUGACAACGAACACAAUUUGUAUUUUAUUGAUGGCAAUUUGAAUGCACAGAGGUACUGUGCCGAGAUCCUGAGGCCCAUUGUCAUGCCAUUCAUCCGCAGUCAUCACCUCAUGUUUCAGCAUGAAAAGUCACGGCCCCAUGUCACAAGGAUCUGCACACUAUUCCUGUAAGUUGAAAAUGUCCCAGUUCUUCCAUGGCCUGUGUACUCACCAGACCUGUCACCCAUUGAGUGUGUUUGGCAUUCUCUGGAUCAACGUGUACGACUGUUCUAGGUACGGCCAAUGUACAGCAACUUUGAACAGCCAUUGAAGAGGAGUGGGACAAUAUUCCACGGGCCAUAAUCAACAGCCUGAUCAACUCUAUGUGAAUGAGAUGUGUUGUGCUGCAUGAGGCAAAUGGUGGUCACACCAGGUACUGACUAAUUUUCUGACCGAAGCCCCUACCUUUCCUUUAAGUUAUCUGUGUUACCAACAGAUGCAUAUCUGUAUUCCCAGUCAUGUGCAAUCUGUAGAUUAGGGCCCGAUGAAUUUCAGUUGACUGAUUUCCUUAUAUGAACUGUAACUCAGUAACAUCUUUAAAAUUGUUGCGUUUUAUAUUUUUGUUCGGUGUAGUAUUAAUAUAAACACUGGGUGUUUGAUAGUUUCUCUCGGUAAUGUCUUAGAUCUGUCAGGUUUUCUGUCUUUUCAUAGGUUGAUAAUGCCGACGCUGUCAAGCCUGUUGAUCAAAUAGGAGAGAAUGCAUGCCGUGGAACUUGAAUGCAUCUUGUGGAUGACCGUGUUACUAUUUGGUAUGCUCUCUUUUCAGGUGUCGCAACAGUGUCGAGCUCGGUUGGCCAUCUUAGUUCCGUCUCGCUAUGCGUUUCGACGUGGUCGUGGGAUGGAUGGGGAAUGUGCGGACA